AUGGAACAGCCGCCAACAUACACAGAGGCUAUCAGCCAGGAUGGAUGGGGCAUUGUUGCUCCAUACAUUGACUUGUGUGACUAUUACCGUCUCUGCCUUGUAUCCAAGGAGAUGUAUGCUCAGUUUGCACCCCGGCUCUGGAGAGACCCUCUUCAGAUGGCCACAGCCCUGGGGGUUGAUCCUAGCAACUACUAUAGAUGGGUUUCCUACUUCUUGUCUAUCAUCACCAGAGUGGAAAAGCCGACAAGAGACUCGACAUUGGAUAUGCUGAUUAUCAUGGACCUUCGAGCCCUUUGCAGUCCUAGCUCAGCCUUUUCAGAGAACAGUUGGCCUUCCCUGGCGCAGAAACUCUACAAGGCUAUCACCAAGCUACCAACCCUGCGCUGCCUCAUCCUCGACGGGCGUCCCGAUUUCAACUUCGCCGCAAUGCAGCAUCUUCAACUGCAGGACGAUGAGCAGCCGCUCCAGGGUCUGAGGCUCCUCAGCGCAGUUCAUUGCAAGCAGGCCAUCCCAGCCAAAUUCUUCGACAACCAGUGCUUGGCCGGCCUGGUCUUCCUCGACUUGUCAUACACAGGUGGCUGGGGCAGAGUCCUGCUGUGGAGCGCCACAUUCUCACCCGCCAAUAUGCCCAACCUGCGCAUCUUGAAGCUCAGAGGAAAGGGCAUGGAUCGUACCACGGCUCUGGAAGUGGUCACCAGGUUCCAGCGUCAGCUCUGGAGCCUCGACCUGUCCGACAACCAACUAGUCGACGCCUUUCUUGGGGACUUGAUCCAACUUGCCGUUCGCCCAGAUGAGCAUCGGGGAGUGCAACGCCUGGGAGACGAACAGCCUCAUUCGGGAGAUGCGGCGCCGCUGUCGUCUAGAUAUUCCGAGGUCGAGGGCACAUUGGCGGCUGCCGAGUUUCUUGCUGGUCACUAUUUUGUUGACGAGUCCGACUGGAGUGCCACAUUCUCACACCCAGACCGGUACCUUGCGGACUCUCCAGAGUACUUCCCAGCAGACAACAUGGUCCAUUCCGAAGGGACUGAUCGACAGAGUAGAACUCUCGUUCGAGGCAGUGGAGCGGACCGGGCCCGUGGGGAUUCUACAGAAGAUGCGAUCCAACUUCUGGCCGGCGGCCCUGGUGGUCCCGUGCCUCCAUCGCCAGACAUGCCUCAUCGUGUCCCAGGUAGCAAGGGAGGGGGCCUGACACAUAUUUACCUCAACGACCUGUCUCUUCUCACGACCAAAGCAGUGAUGCGCUUCCUGGCGACGAGUGCAGCCUUCCUCGAGCAUUUCGAGUUCAACAAGGGCAGGUGUCUCGUCUCUGGCGGCUCCCACACAAACCAUGUAGCAAGAAGCCGAGCAGCAGUCCCUCCACAACGACAGAGGGCUGCCUCCUGCUGCAUCGGGUUUCCCGGAGGGGCCUAUCUCUUCCGGCCCGUCUUCUCGCCCAACCUGCGCGUCCUCAAGAUCCACCACUCCCUCGUCACAAACGUCGUGACCAUCAGAUCCGACGAGAAGCGCGUCCUUCACGACAUCUGGCGGGCCGAGACCCACGUCCGCCGCCGUCUCGACCUCGCCCUCCCGCAGCGCUUCGUGCCCGACAUGAACCCUCGCAUCAACGCCCUCACCCUCUGCUACAUCCCGCGCUACUCCAGGGGCGUCGUCACAGGCCGCCUGAUCGAGCUCCUGAAGCUCGCCGCCCUGCAGGAGCAGCACAUCGUGCAGACCAACGAGUCCUGUCGGGGCCACCGCGGCCCGCCUGUCCUUCGUGGCCUGCGCCACAUCACGCUGGAGUUUGAUCCUCUCGACGAGGGCUGGUCUUACAAGCCAGCCCGUGUCUGGGACGGAGAUGAUGAGAUGGAGGAGUUUACUAAUUUCAAUGUCAGCCUGUUGGAUGAUGAGCCGCAGUCUUCUUCUUCUCCCCCUUCACCUUCUCCUUCAUCUCGGCCUGUAGAGACCGCAGCAGCAGCAAGAAAAAGACCAAAACGACCCCGUGCAGCCAAUACAGGAGGGAUCCUACACAGCCCCUUCGCAGAGCACCUCAUCGGCUCUCCUUACGAUGACACCCAGAGCGACCACCUCGAGCACAACCUGGGCAGCAGCGGCAAUGGUAGUAAGCCAUUGCCCGUCUGGAUCGGCUGCGGCAUCGUCACGCCCGACACGCCGCCCGCCAUCAACGCGUACAUGCGCAACCUCUGCGAGCCCAGCGGGUGCGGCAUGCGCGACGUCAUGGCCGCCACGCCAUGUCACGUUGCCGCGGGUGUUCCGCCUGGUUCAUACAUCUUUGGUGCGGCCUGGGAGAUGAUGAUGGAUUGUGAGGAAGACGAGGAGGAAGGGGAGGCUGCGAGCGUGGAGCUGGAUGCCAUGCGGGAUGUGCUGGAGGAGAUCAAGGCGUUUCGCCUGGCCACGCGGGAGAGGUAUGUGCAGCUGAGGGAGGGAGGGAAGAUUACGGGAAAGGUGGGUGAGCACUUUUAUUGGAUGGGUAGACUGGAUAUAGUAGUCCUGAAGCACGACAAAGCACUGUGGUCGCUUGAUUCGGAGUGA